CCGGCGCACGCUCGUACGGAGGCCGCAGCGGCAGGGCGGGGCCGCGGAGCAGCGGGUGGCGGCGGAGGCAGUCUCCGAUCGCUGCCUCGCUCCCCUCGGGGUCUCUGCUCGGCGAGGUCCCGGGUUCGCGAGGACUUUUGCGAGCAGCCAUGGGCGGCGUCGGGGAGCCAGACCGGGAACCUGCGCAGCGGGGGGCGCCGCUGCCCACCCUCCGCUGGGAGCAGGUCCGCCGGCACAACCUGCCAGGCGACAAGUGGCUGGUGAUUGAGCGUCGCGUCUACGACAUCAGCCGCUGGGCACAGCGACACCCGGGGGGCAGCCGCCUCAUCGGCCACCACGGCGCCGAGGACGCCACGGAUGCCUUCCACGCCUUCCACCAGGACCUCAGUUUUGUGCGCAAGUUCCUGCAGCCUCUCCUGAUUGGAGAGCUGGCCCCAGAGGAGCCCAGCCAGGAUGGACCCCAGAAUACCCAGCUGAUCGAGGACUUCCGAGCCCUGCGCCAAGCGGUCGAGGACAUGAAGCUGUUUGAAGCCAAGCCCGCCUUCUUUGGUCUCCUGCUGGGCCACAUCCUGGCCAUGGAGGUGCUCGCCUGGCUCAUGAUCUACCUGCUCGGCCCCGGCUGGCUGCCCAGCACCCUGGCCGCCCUCAUCCUGGCCAUCUCCCAGGCCCAGAGCUGGUGUCUGCAGCACGACCUGGGCCACACGUCCAUCUUCAGGAAUUCCCGAUGGAACCACUUGGCCCAGCAGUUUGUGAUGGGGCAGCUGAAGGGCUUCUCUGCGCACUGGUGGAACUUCCGCCACUUCCAGCACCACGCGAAGCCCAACAUCUUCCACAAGGACCCGGACGUGACUGUGGCGCCUGUCUUCCUUUUGGGGGAGUCGUCCGUCGAGUACGGCAAGAAGAAGCGCAGAUACUUGCCCUACAACCACCAGCACCUGUACUUUUUCCUGAUCGGCCCGCCGCUGCUCACGCUGGUGAACUUCGAAGUGGAAAAUCUGGCCUACAUGCUGGUGUGCAUGCAGUGGACGGACUUGCUCUGGGCCGCCAGCUUCUACGCCCGCUUCCUCUUGUCCUACGUCCCCUUCUAUGGCAUUCCUGGGGCGCUGCUCCUCUUUGUGGCUGUCAGGGUCCUGGAGAGCCACUGGUUCGUGUGGAUCACACAGAUGAACCAUAUCCCCAGGGAGAUUGGCCAUGAGAAGCACCGGGACUGGGCCAGCUCUCAGCUGGCAGCCACCUGCAACGUGGAGCCCUCACUCUUCAUCGACUGGUUCAGUGGACACCUCAACUUCCAGAUCGAGCAUCAUCUCUUCCCCACGAUGCCGAGGCACAACUAUCGCAAGGUGGCCCCGCUGGUCAAGGCCCUGUGCGCCAAGCACGGCCUCAGCUACGAGGUGAAGCCCUUCCUCACUGCCCUGGUGGACAUCGUCAGGUCCCUGAAGAAGUCUGGCAAUGUGUGGCUGGAAGCCUACCUCCACCAGUGAUGACCGCAGCGCCCGGGGCCCCAGCAGCCACCAAGCCACCCAGACAGGCUUCCUCACCUGCCCCACCUCGCCCUGCCUCAGGCUGGAGGCCCUGUUUGUUCUCUUGGGGCCCCUCUCGGUCUGCUCCACAGCCCUGUGACCAUGGCUCUAGACCCACUAGGACCAGGGCCAGGGGCAUAGUGUAUAAAGACACAGUGAGCGUGACAUGUUUUCCUAGAGCAAAAAUUUAGGGGGAAAAUGUUAUUUUUAUAUAAAAACAAACCCAGGUAUGUUACGGAGUAGAUAUUUGCAUGGAUUUUGGGACUGGAGUUCAGGUCCUUGGGCCAUCAGGGUGUUGGGAGGUGAGAGGGGGUGGUGGUGGAUGGUGGCUUUCCGAGUUGACCUCUGCUCUGGGUCAGGGAGCUGGCAUCUGCCCCGGGCUCAGAUGCCCUGAGGGCCUGGUCCCUUCCUGUUCUUCACCCAGUCACCAGCAACCUUGGUAGUUCACUCCAGGCUCAUCCCACUUUACUCCUUUGCAUAGCUGGACAGGGAGGCUUCCCUGGUGGCUCCGUGGUGAAGAACCCGCCUGCCAGUGCAGGAGACACAGGUUCAAUCCCUGGGUGGAGAAGAUUUCUUGGAGAAGGAAUUGGCAAACCACUGCAGUAUUCUUGCUUGGGAAAUCCCCUGGACAGAGGAGCCUGGUGGGAUAGGGUUGCAGAAAGAGUCAGACUAGACGUAGCGAUUAAACAACAGAGACCGGCGGCAGAUGGGAGCUGAGGGCCAUGUAUGCGGGCACCCCCAGAUCGCAGGAGGCACCCCUGUCCGGCAUCUGCAUUGGCCUGAUGGCCGAGGGGCCUUAUAGGGCCACUGGCGGGGGUCUGCUGCUGAGCUCAGAAGUAUACCUGGCAUCACAGCAGUGAGCGGGUCCACAGGAGGUGAUCGGGAUCUCCCCCUGCCCCAUGUCUGCCCGGGACCUGGUGCUGGUUUCCAACUGCUGCAGUGAACCGUUCAAGCAGGACCCCUGUGUGUGUGUGUAUUAAUUUUGCUUCAGUUGUAUCUGUCUCUUUGUGACCCUAUGGACUGUAGCCCGCCAGGCUUCUCUGUCCAUGGGAUCCUCCAGGCAAGAAUACUGGAAUGGGUAGCCGUUCCCUUCCCCAGGGGUUCUUUCUGGCCCAGGGAUUGAACCCAGGUUUCAAUUGCAGGCAGAUUCUUUACUGUCUGAGACACCUGGAAGCCCAAAGACCCCCGGAACGGGGCUCUUUCUGUCCCUGGAGUCUGAGAACAAGGCGUGGUCCUUCACUGAGCCUUGGGCUCCUCAUCUGGAAAAUGGGUGUUGGCCUGAGCCUGUGGUGUUUGGACACUUUUUGGGGGGGUGGUUCCUGAAGGUGGGAAGUAGGGAGAGCCAGGCUGCUGGACCCCUCUGCUCAGCAGCUCCAAACCGAGUAGAAGGUUUCAUUAGAAGAAGUGUCAGCAGAUUGAGAAAAAAUGGAAACGCUGAGCUAGGAUUUCUCUGAGGGACUUUCUGGCCCAGGGGCUGGAGUCUCCCCACCAGCUGCAGGAUUGCCCCCCCCACUGUUUGUCCCCAGGGCCCCAGACUGGGUUCCCUACAGGAAGUGGAAGGGGGCAGGUUCUUGUUCAGUCUUUCCCUGGACCUCCAGUCUCACCCUGACCCACUCCACACCGUGUCCAGCUUUUCUCUUGAGUGGGCAGCCAGGAGGGAAAGUCCUGGACUCCAGGCUGUGACCUUGGGGAAGUUAUGCAGUCUCUUGGAGUGGUAGUGUGACCUCCUAGGGUGACAGAAGAGAUACCUGUGGAAGGCUUUUUGCUGAGAGCCUGCAGCAACAGGGCGGAGCCAUUUAUCUUAAAAAUGUGUGCAACCCAUGGCCCUGGGGCCAUCACAAGCUCUCACCUGGGACAAGCUCUCACCUGGGACAAGCUCUCACCUGGGACGAGCACAUGGCUGCCUCCCAGCCUGUUUUGUCCUUGAAAGGUACCUCCUACCUUGAAAGUAAGUCCCACUUUCAGGGCCCCUGCCCAGGCUGUUUGUUCUCCGGCUGACUCCUGAUGCCCUGUGGGCCCUGGGAUGGUAGUCCCCCAGGGCAGAUGGCCAGUGCCUUUCCUAUAGCGACCCUGAUGCCCUUACCAGGGAAAUACUACCACAUGGAUGGAGGAGCCUGGUAGGCUACAGUCCGUGGGGUCGCACUGAGUCGGACGUGACUGAAGCGACUUAGCAGCAGCAGCAGCAGCAGCAGCAGCAGCAGACUCAGGGUGAGCACGCGCCCCUGCACGCGCCCCGCCCAGCUGAGCCUGCAGCUCCACCCAGGGGCACCUGGAAUAGCUGCACCAAUGUGGAGCAGGUCGUGCUCCGUGCUGCCCCUGGUGGUGGCCGAGGGCAUUGCGCCCUCACGUCUGCAAAUGGGUAGUUGCCUAGGAAUAACUUGUUUAAAGGACCAAGUGAUUUUGGGUUCCAGAAUCACUGCGAACAGUGACUGCAGCCACGAAAUUAAAAGAUGCUUGCUCUUUAGAGGAAAAGCUAUGACAAACCUAGAUGUGUUAAAAAGCAUAGACAUCACUUUGCUGACAAAGGUCCAUAGUCGAAGCUAUGGUUUUUCCAGUAGUCAUGUAUGCAUGUGAGAGUUGGAACAUAAAGAAAGCUGAGUGCCAAAGAAAUGAUGCUUUCGAACUGUGGUGCUGCAGAAGACUCUUGAGAGUCCCUUGGACUGCAAAGAGGUCAAACCAGUAGAUCCUGAAGGAAAUCAGUCCUGAAUAUUCAUUGGAAGGACUGAUGCUGAAGCUGAAGCUCCAGUACUUUGGUCACCUGAUUCGAAGAGCCGACUCAUUGGAAAAGACCCUGAUGCUGGGAAAGAUUAAGGGCAGGAGGAGAUGGGGCGACAGAGGAUGAGAUGGUUGGAUGGCAUCAUUGACUGAAUGGAUGUGAAUUUGGGCAAACCCCUGGAGAUGAUGAAAGACUGGUAAUCCUGAUGUGUUCAUGGGGGUUGCCAAGAGUCAGACACAACUUAGUGACUGGUCAACAACAAAAGGACCCCUGGGGAAGCCCCCUGGCCUCAGUUAGCUAUCCCAUUGCCUACUGCCUGGAAUCCUUCACUGGUGGGUCACCUUUGCCCUUGUUCCUCCCUGUCCCUUAUGCUAGAAUCCCUGGGGCCAAGUCAUCCACACUUCUCCCUAGCUGAGUUUCCCCUUUGUCUGUAGGUUUCUUUUGCAGUCUCAGGGCCUGGGCCCGGUCUGUGCAAAGGAGGGAAGGGCCUUGGUAGAGCCACUAAGAAAAGCAGUGUCCCUGCUUUAUGAUCUGCACAGUCUUGGGCCCAGAAGAAAAGCAAAAGUCUUUAGGGAAGCCUUGUUCA